AUUUUCUAAAGACGAAGCAACGACACUUUCCMUGUSUGCGUGAAGCGRCGGUUCAAACUCUUCUGUUUCAUCUCCAGGAUCAAACAAAGAAUGUCAGUACCAGGGCGACCAGACCCGGCAGUUGUUGGCAAAGUAACUCACAAUUCUAUAGAACUCUACUGGAACCCCCCUGAACAAGCUUCCCCACGUAAGGGAGAUGACCGUCCUAAAUACUGUGUUCAGGAGGAGGAAGUUGGCACCAGAAGUAAAGGAUUUGGGAAUGUAUACUCUGGUUAUUCAACCAGCAAUGUAUUUACUGGCUUAGAGCCGCGGUCGCAAUAUCGCUAUCGGUUACGUUGCAUGAAUAACUAUGGAAACAGUGCAUGGAGUGUUGUUGUCAUGGUGACCACCACCAGGAAGCCAAAGACAAGUGAAGACCUGUUGAAAGCUGUUGGAAAGAGGGACUUGGAAACUGUUAAUAAGAUUCUACCAGAGUUAAGUUGGCAAGCAGUGGAUUCUCCAGACAAGUUUGGYAUUUCUCCUCUAAUGAUUGCUGCUCAAAAAGGAUACACAGAGAUUGCACAAACGUUACUGGACAACAAGGCUGAUGUACAUUUUCAGAAUAGCAGCGGCAAGACUGCAUUGAUGAUGGCAUGUUACUCAGGCCAGCUUGAGGUUGUGAAACUUCUGCGAGCAUAUGGAGCGUCAUGGGAUAUCAUAGACAAAACAGGUUGUACAUCAUUGCAUUGGGCAGUUGAUGGUGCUAAUCUAGAUGUCUUGCGAUGGAUGCUUGCUGAUGGCUGUAAAGUUGAUGUCAAGGACAAUACAUCAGGUGAUUCAUAG